ACUCACGCACACACUGUCUCACACACAGUCAGAGCAGCGCAGAGCAGAGGAGCUCUCAUCCUGAUCGGUGCCAGACGCACGGUCGACUUUUGGUUUUUGCGAGAGUUUUACUACGUUUGUGUUUAGUUGUUUUAAUUAAGAAUAGUGGAGACUUCACUUUGGUGUCAAAUUUGAAGUUUGUUUUUAAAUUGGUGUUUGAUUUUUCACGCCAGUUGGAAUAUAUUUCGGGAUUAAAAGGUGGAUACUUCACUACGCACAGAAGUCCGCAGAAGUUCGCCCAGGAUUGUGUCUUUUCGAAGUAGGAGCGCGCAACUUGUCGGUGCGACUUCGUCUGGGGUGUUUUUUUGACUUGAGUCGUCCCAGAAAUGGUGGGGCACCUACAUUUACAAGCGAUGGAUGAUAGCCUGAAAGGAAAGAAUCGGGAAGGGUUGCUCGACAGUCCGGAUUCGGGGUUGCCCCCCAGUCCCAGUCCGCCCUUCUGCUCCCUCUCUCCGGGUCUGAUCGAGUCGCGCUCCGGCAGCUGCACUACGCCCGUCGAAAGCCAUCAUGGAUAUUAUAAAAAGGAAAGCAGAGAAGGCAAACUGCUGCCCUACCUGCUGCUGAACUCCACGGGCACAGACCCAAAGACUCGCAUGUAUCCCGUGUUCUUCGGCGAAAGCAUCGAGGUCAACCCUAAACCAGAGCAGGAAAUCAAGUGCAACUCCGAGGUCAAGUAUGACUCCGACAAGCACUACCGUGACCAGGUGUACUGCGCCCCCGUUCCCACGCCCACCUCCUUCAGCGAGACAGUGGUGGCGGUGCGGAACUGCACUUGGAGGAGCUAUAAGUCCCAGGUGUACCUGGAGCCGCGGCAGAAACCCAUCAGCUACCAGAGCACCACCAUCAUCUACCCGAAGCACGCCAAGAACACUUACCGCACCACGCUCAACUACAACGCCACGGGCUCCCGUCGCUGGUUUGUCUCCACGGUGCAGCUGGAGUCGAGUGAGGAUACUAGUCCUUGUAUCAUCUACACGGAGGACCUGUAGGGCCCAGAAUGCACUGGGAGAGGGCUACCUGGUGAUCAUCUUAUUUGUUUUGGAGGACAAGGAACUUGGGAAGGCCCGCAUUGAAAGGGAAAUACUUCAAGUAAUACCCGGAGCCCCUAAAAACCCUACUCUGUUCAUCUUUACUCGCCAUGGAGGAAACUCUGGGAACCCUUUAACGACAUUUCACCUGAGUGUAUUUAGACUUUCUACUGAUGCAGUCUUUAAAAAGGGAGUCUGUCCUCUGGCAGUUUAAAGCUGCACUUCAAUGGUUAAUGUCUUAUUUAAUACAAGAGCUGACAAAUUGGUGGGCUUUGCUCUGUCUAUCAGGCUGGAUUGUAACCUCAGUGAAGGUGACAGACGGUCUGUGUUUGUAGAGAAAAGUCAAGAUGACACGUGUGGUGGAUUUCAGCCGAGCCUGCGCAAACCCAGUCACACCAAUGCAAAGCUUUCUAAUAUGGCUUUAUUGCACUUGUUUUCUAUAUAUCACAGUCUUCCCAGUGGACUUGGCAAUGCAGGGUGGUCUUUCAGUACUGCAUGUGAAAAAUUGGACCAAAGAUAGUUUAUCUCUUUGUAAUAACUCCACACACUGAGACAGAACGCUUGCUUUUUGUUGUAAAGUUUCAUUUAACACACAUUCAAACAGCAGCUUGUCUAGUUUCAGCAACAAUUUAAUUAAACUCAACUGCACAUUGCAAGGUGUCCUGUUUAUUUACCAGAGUGGUCUGUAGAAUUAAGACAUAAAAACAAGAACUAUUUCCAACUGCAAUUGUCUGGAUGGUUUCAGUGCUACAAGGUUUCAGCUGCCUCUCAGAAUAAGGCUUACACUGUUCGGGAUCAGGUGGCACCAGAUAUUUGUAAAUCAUCACUAAGUUUGUGCAUGGUUGUUGCACCAUUAAAACUUAUGGGAUGUCUUAACUAAUAAGUCAGUCGCGAGGAAACAUCUGCAGCGUUGCCAAUCAAAAGAAAAUCAAUGAUGUAAACACGAAGUCGCUGUAGCGUAGCUAACACAAUUAUAGGUUUAGGGGAUUAACAAUAUAUUAAACUAGUGAUCUUUUGUAAAUGUAGGUAAUACUUUGUUCUGAUCUAUUAGUGCAUACAUGGAGAAAUCUGUGUUUUUCAGUGUUAGUAAUCAUGCAAUAUCUAAAUAUGCUAACCUAGCUAACGUUAUAUGGUCAUUUAGUCUGACAUUAUUAACAUCACGUUUAGUCAUUUUGUCAUGUUGUUGUGAAAUUUGAUUUAAAAACUCACUAAGUGUCAGGUCAGAUGUCUCAACCAUAUUACACAUGACCUCUUUUACUAACAUUAGCUUUGUUAGUUGGCUAACGUUAGCUUUGUUAGUUGGCUAACGUUAGCUUUGUUAGUUGGCUAACGUUAGCUUUGUUAGUUAGCUAAUGUUAGCUUUGUCAGUUGAUUCCGUUAGCUAACGUUAUGUAGCCUACAGUAGCUAACAGCUGGCAGUUACUGACCAUACAUAUUUAAUAACAACCAAUCUCUACAUAAAAACUAUUUUGUCUCCUGCAACACUUUUUAAUAUAGUGAUGCGUAAAUCUCCACCUAGUAAAAACGUUAAUUAUAACUAGGCUUGAAUUUACAAAUAGCUGGUGCCACUGAGUGUUUCAUGCUGUUGUCAGACAUCAACAAAUUGUCAUAUUGAUACACAUCAGAUUUCCCUGUUGAAGAUGUAAAAUAGACUUUUAAUGAGCGUUUUCGUGACUUCUUUUUCUGUCUGUCUUAUAUAUAUUUAGAUUAUUGAACAUGGCAAAUAUUGAAACUUCAGACUUUACCUCAAAUUUUCAGUUUUUCUUUAUUGCAAAUGUGUUUUUCAGUUGAGGUUUUGAACUUGCGGUCUUUUUAUUUUUAUAGUUUGAAAAACCCUCCAGGUAAGUGUUUGGGUAGGAGAUACGUGGAGAGCACGAAGCGGAGAUGGUGCAUCAGUAGCUACUGUAAAAUGGGUAGCCUACUGGGUUUUAAUGAGGGAACAGUAAGUAGCAAUACAAAGAGUGAGACAAAAGGAGAAAAGUCUCUUUCAAAAGAAACAUUGCAGAUGAGAUGAGGAAAUAUUCAGAAUAUGGCUUUUUAUACCAAACUGUAAAGUUCUUGGAGAGAUGAUGGAGACUUUUGCUAUGUGUAGAUGGUCUGUGAAAUGUCAGAGAAUGAUGAGAGAAAGUUGGUGGGUUUCAAGGUUUUAUGUGAGAUACUUUUGUGUUUCCUAACACUUGAUUUUGUUACUGUAAAAUAUUUUUCCUGUUGUAUAUGUGGCAUCGAGGCACUUCAUAAUUCUCUUUAUAUUUUUGUACGUCAAUCAUCGUUCUUGUUCUGAUCAAUGAAAAUAAUUUAAAAAGAUGUAUAUCCUAAAUGAAUAAAAAAAGCAAUUCCUAAACCAUA